AUGAGAUUGACGGCAGAGAUCAUCCAGCACUCCCUCUCCUACAUCAACCCGCUCGGCGAGCGCGAGCUGGAUCUCAGAGGUCGUCAAUUCACCCACAUCGAGAACAUGGGCGCCGCGUCGGCCGACAUCGAGUGCAUCGACUUCACGGACAACAACAUCCAGAUGCUCGGCAACCUGCCGCACCGCCCGCGCGUGACGACGCUGCUGCUGGCGCGCAACCGCCUCUCGCAGAUUCAGACGGGCAUCGCGCGCGCCAUCCCCGCGCUGACGUCGCUCAGCCUGGCCGAGAACAGCGUCCGCGAGCUCGCCGACCUCGACCCGCUCGGCGGCUUUUCCAGGCUCACACAGCUGAACCUGAUCGGCAACCCUGUCUGCAGCAAGGAGCGCCAGCCACGUCCGUCGCUCAUCUCGCAGAACUACCGCUACUACCUCAUCUUCCGCAUCCCGUCCCUCCGCUUCUUCGACUUCCAGCGCGUCCGCGACGCCGAGCGCCAGAAGGCCAAGGAGCUGUUCGGCACCCCCGACGCCCCGACCGAGCUGGCCCAGAAGGUCAUGAGCCAGCGCAACACCGUUCCCGACGUGUCCGCCGGCCCCGGCGCCGACGACGUCGCCGGCGGCAUGGCCCGCGUCAAGCUGACGGACGUCGAGCGCCUCAACAUCCAGGAGCUCAUCAAAAACGCCAACACGCUGGAUGAGAUCACCCGCUUGGAGAAGCUUCUGAAUGAGGGCAAGAUCCCGGGACAGUGA